AUGUCCAUCAAACCAAUUGCAAUUGCUCCUCCGCAACCAUCGACACAAAGGGGACAGGGAGCACACAUCUCGUACGAUGCAGUCAAUGAUAGGUUGGCCUAUGUCAACGGUAAGUCCGUGAUAAUCCGGCCAGCCGAUUUCAAUUCAGCUUCGCCUGUGGUUGUUUUUACCAAACAUAUACAUCCAACCACGGCAGUUAAAUUCUCACCAUCUGGAUUUUACAUUGCAUCGGGUGACGAAUCGGGGCAGAUUAAGAUAUGGGAUGCUUCGCCAAAAAAGGGGGAAGAUGUGUUUGAACCACCGAUUAUAAAGAGCGAGUUUCAAGUAAUGUCGGGGCCUAUUAGAUCUAUAGCAUGGGAUGCCGACAACGCACGUAUUAUCGCAGUUGGCCAGGGGAAGGAGAAAUUUGGACAUGCAUUCUCGUGGGAUUCUGGUAAUUCAAUUGGUGAUAUACAAGGCCAUAGCGCCACAAUAAAUGCCGUCGACAUCAAGCCUCAGAGGCCAUACAGGGCAGCCACUGUCGGUGAUGAUUUUGCAAUGGUCUUCUUUCAGGGUCCACCCUUUAAGUUUGACAAGAGUUUGAGAGGAAAUCACACCAACUCGGUACGUGAUGUCAAAUUCAGCCCUGAUGGGGAAUUUAUAGCCUCAGUUGGCUCCGAUAGAGCCAUUUGUAUUUACCAAGGUAAGACUGGUGAAUUUAUCAAAAAAAUAGAGAAUGCACACGAUGGAGGGAUUUUUGCCGUUGCAUGGACUCCAGAUUCGAAGAAGUUUGUUACUGCUUCAGCAGAUGGGUCAGUCAAAACUUGGAGUGUCGAUGAAGGUCUCUUACUGACUCAUAAAGUUGCUGACAAGCCCACUGUACUUCAGCAAUUGGUGGGUUUAGCCGUAACCAAAGAAUAUGUGAUUGCUUUAAGUUAUGGCGGGGACUUGACGUAUUUCAAAGAUGGUGAGGUUGUCAAAGUCGUUGAAGGACAUCAAGCGCCAAUAACUAAAUUAGCUUUCACCAGGCCGUUUUUGUACAGUGGAAGUUCAGAUGGAAAGCUAGUCAAGUCUGAAAUCGAACCAACGGGAUUGAAACCAAACCCAACAAAACAAGGUGUUAAGGGAGAUGAACACAGCAACUACGUAGUUGACUUGUUGAUGGCAGAUGGUGAAUUAUACUCCAUAGGUUGGGAUGAUAAAAUAAAGCGUUGGAAAGAUGGUAAUGUAGCUGCCUCUGCAAAGUUGCCUUCCCAGCCGAAACAGUUGAGCAAUGUUGGCGCUAAUAUCGUUGUUCUUCUUGAGUCAGAAUUGCAAUUGUACAAUAAGGAGCUUGAAUUAGUGUCCACGCUAAAAUUUGACUUUUCGAGUACAAACGUGGCUCCAUUAUCAAACUCGCGUUUGUUGGUUACAAAUGGCUCAAAGAAUACUCUUGUGGGUAUCGAAAUAGACAACGGAUCAAAACUAAGCCAAACAUCUCAACAAUUUCCUACAUUGAGAACUCCUCCAACGUUAAUCAAGGUAUCUCCCAAUGGAGAGCUCUUUGCUGUUGCUGACUCUUCCGGUAAGUAUACUUUAUUCAAAGAGGAUGGGUCUGUGGUUUCAACGCGAUGGGCAUUCCACACCAGUAAAGCGUAUGAUGCGCAAUGGACCCCAGAUUCCAAGUUUUUAUUAAGUGGUGGUCUCGACUGUGGGUUGAUGUUAUACUCGGUGGAUAAACCUUCAAAGGUUGUCAAGUUUCCCCUUGCACACGCUUCUGGUGUUACAAGCUUAGCAUGGGUAGAUUACAAUAGUGAUAAGCAGACUGGACAAUUUGUCAGUUCUGGUUUAGAUGGUACCAUCAGACAAUGGGAGCUACUUAGAUAG